AUGGUCACAACUCGCUCGUCAAACGACAUAUCCACACAACCACAGACCACACCUGGCAGUACUCGUGGAGGACAAAGCUCGGUCCAUGGACAAGGACAGCCCUCAACUCGUGGACAAGGACAGCCCUCAACUCGUGGACGAGGACAGCCCUCAACUCGUGGACGAGGACAGCCCUCAACUCGUGGACGAGGACAGCCCUCAACUCGUGGACGAGGACAGCCCUCAACUCGUGGACGAGGACAGACCUCAACUCGUGGUGGAGGAAUAACAACCCGUGGUGGAGGGAAUGCAACUCACGGAACAGGACCUUCUGAUCGUGGCCAAGAAGGUUUGGAUGAACGACCAAGUCCUAGCCACCCCCUGGGCACCAACCACAAUCCCAAAGAGCAGAAUGAGAACAAAGAAGCAAUAGGUUUCACUCUGGACAAUUUUCAAAAUCACUUGGAUCAAUGGACCAUCCCCUCCCUCCGGAAGGUGUUGAACAGGCGAAAGAAGAACGCAAACCGGAUCCCAACUGACGUUCAGGAGGUCCUUAACUUCCAGAAGACAAAUUACACUAAGAUCAAGCUGAUGCUUGCUUUAAUUGGCCGAGUAUCAGAGAAAACCAUUAAUAAUUGGCUGUGA